AUGAGCGCUGGUUGCGCACUGACGGUAAAGGAAGAGCAUGAUGAAGAGGUCCAUAGAAUGGAAGAGCAAAUGUCGAAUUGUAAAGUGAAUAUGAACGAUCCGCCCCAACGCCGCCUAUUUUCAGACCCCGCUUCAACCGAGUACGUUGAUCAUUAUUCGAGUUAUGAAAGUGAGCCUGCACCCAUUGCGUACAACCCACCCGAUUUGACUCCGACAAAGACAGAAGGAAUUAUUCGAUUGAAUAUUCCGAACUUGUCGCAGCUCAAAUCAAAAGUCAGCACUUCUUUCCAUUACAUUGCCAAUCUUCCGUGGCGGCUCGCAGCGAAAACCGAACGCACCAAAAGGACAUCAGAUGUGAAAUUCUUUUCGGUUUAUAUCGAUUGCAACCCCGACAGUGAAAGCACGUUAUGGUCUUGUGAUGCUGUUGUCGAAUUCCGGCUUCUCGUCCAAACACCCCAUUCUCCCGAUGCCACCUCUGCUCCGUUUACUCGUCAUUUUAGCAACAAGUUUAGCUUUAACUCGAAUAAUUGGGGCUUUCCUUCAUUUAUGGAAUGGAGUGAAAUCACUUGUCCGGAACGAGGAUUUGUGAAGAAUGACAAGGUUUCGAUUGAGGCUCGCAUCGUUGUUCAGAAGGUUGUUGGAGUUCGUAGCAGUCCAAGAUUCGAUUUCUUCUCGAAAUCCUCCUGUAUCGCUGAUGCCGUGCUCCUUGUGGACAACAGGGAACUCCACGUUAGUAAAGCUUAUUUGGCUCUGUAUUCGCCAGUAUUCCACGCGAUGUUCUUCUCAAACUUUAGUGAACGUGAGAAGAGGAAAAUAAAAGUGGAGGAUGUGAUUUUCGAAGAGUUCGUUGAGCUUUUAAAUGUAAUUUAUCCAAGUCAUCGCCCAAUUAAUGCGGAAAAUGUCGAAUUCCUUCUCGAAUUAGGUGACAAAUUCGAAAUUCAAUAUGUCAUCGAUGAAUGCGAGAGAUUCUUGAUUUCUACUGAUGAUAUUGCCAAUAUUACUAAACUCGUUUGGGCUGAUCAAUAUUAUUUGGCUAAGUUACAGGACACCUGCCUUCAGACCAUCAAAGACGUCUCUGAAGUUCGAGCCCUUAAAGCGACCGAGGAGUACAAAAACUUAAGCGACGCUACAAAAGCGGCUCUCCUUGAAAAAGUGUUAAAAAUCGUUAAGUGA